ACUAGGAAACUUCGAAACCACUUUUGACCAAUCAACAGAUAGGGAAUAUACAUAUUGACCAGAUGUUUGACAAGAUCCCUCCCACAAGGAAAAAAGAGCACCCUGGCUGGGUAUUGAGAUCUCCCAUUUCCAAUCUGAAAGCCAGCACCACGUGCAAGAAGAAGCAAAGCUUCAAACUUUUUGAGGAUUCCAUUCUGGGUUUUCAUUUUUGUUAUAUAUGGGAGAUACAUUGGGAGAACUGAAGAUAAAGGUUGUGCAAGGGAGAAAGCUAGUGGUCCGGGACUUCAGGAGCAGUGAUCCUUACAUUAUUCUCGAGCUUGGGAAUCAGGCUGCAAAGACUAAGGUUAUAAAUAGCUGUCUGAAUCCUGUUUGGAAUGAAGAGUUCACUUUCCCUUUAUCCCAACCUGCUGGUGUUCUGAAACUGAAAGUGUUUGAUAAGGACCGGUUCAAGGUUGAUGACGAGAUGGGCUAUGCCGAUCUUGACCUUCGUCCGCUGAUGGCAGCUGCAAGACUGAGUCAAAUUGUUGGGAUUUCCUCGGACGGGUCAAUCUUGAGGAAGGUCAUACCUGAAAGUGACAACUGUCUUGCUGUGGAUAGCUCCAUUGUCUUUAGCAAUGGCGAGGUCGUGCAAGAUGUUUGGUUGAAGCUCCGCGAUGUGGAAUCUGGGGAGAUUGAGUUGAAAAUCAAGUUAAAAAACCUUUCUGUCCUGCAAAAAUAGUGCCCAAAACCGGAAAGUUAUGCUAUUCUGAUAAGCUGUAUCGUCAUUCGUCUCGUGGGUAUCUUUCUUUCUGUACUGAACAAUGCCAUUAUGCCAAGUUCAUUCUCCCGCGGUCUGUGUCUUGAAAGCAAUGGAUUGUUGUAAACUUGUAAUGCCUGGUUGGAAUGGUCUGUACUUUGGCAGUUGUCUUUGCCCUGCAAAGAAUGUGUUGUAUAGAGAGAACCUUUGGCAUAUAUAAUUAAUGUCACAGCUUAAA